UUACUUAAAUUUUAUCAUUUUUAACAUGCAAACCAUCAAAGAUGCUAAAAUUUAAUUUUUUGGUUUGCUUAAAUACCAGCUAGUUGUUUUUGAUCAACUGAUUUUCUUGCUGGCAAAAAUUUGUUCACCAGAAGCUAACAAUUUUUCUCAAAAUGACAUCUCUCUUUGCUCUCUCCUUCAUCCUACUUUGCAAUUUUUUUUGCGUAUGCGAACGCCAAAAGCUGAUAGUCUUUGAUAACUAUCAGUAAUUAUCAGGUAGGCAAAUGCGACUUAUAUUGAAAGCCUAUUAAGUGCAAUUUAGUACAUUGUACAACUAAUUGGAAUAAUAAAAGCGCAAUUGUGCUUAAAAUAUCAACACUUGAAUGUUUUAUUGUAUGUAUUUCUCUACAGGGCGGCCGGUGCUACGGUUACUAUAGCAAUUUCCUGACACCCCAAAAAACAGAUAAGGAAUACAUAUUUUAAAUAUUGUUCGUUAUCUGCGUUUUUCUUAUAAUAAUCAAUGAAGCUAUGGGUCACAUAACAAUUCGAAACGAGAAAUCCAUUUAGUCCUAUUGUUUUUGAGCGUCGUGUUUAACUUUCAUUAUGGUGGAUGCAAUUUUAAAGGGUUGGUUUAGUGAAUUACAAAAUGACUUGUGGCCAGGCCAAGCGUUUUCUCUAAAAGUAAAUAAAAUUCUUCACGAAGAGAAAUCAAGAUUUCAGGAGAUUAAAGUAAUAGAAACGUCGACGUAUGGAACUUGCCUUGUUUUAGAUGGAAUCCUUCAAUGUUCAACGCGAGAUGAGUUUUCAUAUCAAGAAAUGAUAUCAUUUCUUCCAUUGAACAGUCACAAAAGUCCUAAAAAUGUGCUUAUCGUUGGAGGCGGCGAUGGAGGAGUUGCACGAGAGGUAGCAAAACAUCCGUUGGUAGAGGAAGUCCAUCAAGUGGAAAUUGAUGAGAGGGUAAUAGAGCUUUCAAAAAAAUACUUUCCAAGCAUGGCAUGUGGGUUCCAGAGUCCUAAACUUAAACUUACCAUUGGAGAUGGUUUCGCUUACAUGAAAGAGCACGAGAAUGAAUUUGAUGUUAUUAUAACGGAUAGUUCUGAUCCAGUUGGUCCUGCACAGUCUCUGUUUCAGGAGAGUUAUUAUAAACUUUUGAAAAAUGCUUUGCGACCAGAUGGUAUUGUGUGCUCCCAAGGCGGAAGUUAUUGGCUGAACUGUAAACAUGUGAAAAAUACCUUGCAGAGUUGCAAAAAGCAUUUCUCAACUGUAGCAUAUGCCCAUACGAAUGUCCCGAGUUAUCCAUGUGGGCACAUUGGCUUCGUAAUUGGAUGCCUCGAGCCCCACAGAGAUUUAAAAUCGCCGAUAAAGGAAUUUAGUUCAACAGAAUUAGAAAAUAUGAAGUUGAAAUAUUAUACCAGUAAUGUACAUUCCGCAGCAUUUGCAUUGCCUCGAUGGGUGGAAGCAUCCUUUUAUUAAUCCUUUAAUUAAUUAACUGUAAAUCUGAUAAUGUUUUCUUUAUUUUUAGGAUAAAUAAAUAUUUCGUAGAGAGCUUGAAA